AUGGAGGCGGAGGUCGAUAAGCUGGAACUGUUGUUCCAGAAGGCUGACUCUGAUCUGGAUUACAUUCAGUACAGGCUGGAAUAUGAAAUCAAGACUAAUUAUCCUGAUUCAGCAGGCAAGAAAAAUCCUGUUACACCCUUAAAGGAAUUGUCAGCAAUAAAGUCUCGAUAUCAAACUUUGCAUGCACGCUUUAAACCAAUUGCUAUCGAGCAUAAAGAGACUAAGAGCCGCAUUUGUGCUACUUUCAAUAAGACUAUGACCUUGAUACAAGAACUACAAAAGCAAACAGACCUGAAGCUGUUACCACUGACUGAAGAAGAGAAAACUGCGGCAGAGCAAUUAAGAGCUCACAUGUCAGACUUAUGAUGAAGAAAUGGACUUGCAAAAGGGAACUCUAAUAGGGAAGAGAUCAAUUCCAGAGAGAUUUAGGAAGCUGUCUUGUUAGCAUUUGAU